GCCGGGGCCUCGGGGCAGGAACUCACACACCUUGGUGAUCCUCUGUAGCUCUUCCGCAGCUGUGCCACCGUCUGUAUCUGCCAUGUCUCUCUCUCCCUGCCGUGCCCAGAGGGGCUUCAGUGCUCGCUCAGCCUGUUCAGCUCGUGGCAGGGGCCAAGGCAGGUGUAGCUUCAGCAGCAGGAGCCUCAGUUCCUUCAGGGGCUGCCGAGGAAGCUCUCGUGGGAGGGCCUGGGGGUUGGGGGGAAGGCUAGGGGUGCGGUUUGGGGAGGGGAGCGGCGGGCCUGGGCUUUCCCUGUGCCCUCCGGGAGGCAUCCGGCAAGUGACCAUCAACCAGAAUCUGCUGACCCCACUGAAGAUCGAGAUGGACCCCCAGUUCCAGGUGGUUCGGACUCGGGAGACCCAGCAGAUCAGAACCCUCAACAACCAGUUUGCAUCUUUCAUUGACAAGGUUCGGUUCCUGGAGCAGCAGAACCAAGUCCUGGAGACCAAGUGGCAUUUGCUGCAGCAGCAGGGGGUGAGGGACAGCCCCCAGGGCCUGGAGUCUUUCUUCGAGGCGUACGUGGCCCACCUCAGGAAACAGCUGGAGCAGCUGCAGAGAGAACGAGGGGCUCUGGACGCUGAGCUGAAGUCCUGCCAGGACCAGGAGGAAGAGUAUAAGGCCAAGUAUGAGCGGGAAGCCCUCAGGCACGCCACGCUGGAGAAUGACUUUGUGGUCCUCAAAAAGGAUGUGGACAGGGUUUUCCUGAGCAAGAUGGAGUUGGAAGGCAAGCUGGAAGCUCUGAAAGAGUACAUCUGCUUCUUGAGGCGUCUCUAUGAAGAAGAGCUGGGCCAGCUGCAGACCCAGGCUGGCGACCUGUCCGUGGUGCUGUCCAUGGACAAUAACCGCUGCCUGGACUUCAGAGACAUCAUCGCUGAGGUCCGCGCCCGGUAUGAGGAGAUCACCCGGACCAGCAAAGCCGAGGCAGAGAUGCUGUACCAGACCAAGUACCAGGAGCUUCAGGUGUCUGCCCAGCUUCACGGGGACUGCAUGAAGGAAACCAAAGUGCAGAUCACUCAGCUGCAGCAGGCAAUUCAGAAGCUGCUGAGUCAGAUUGAGAACCUCAAGAAGCAGAAUGCCAACUUGCAGGCCGCUGUGGCCGAUGCCGAGCAUCGUGGUGAGCUGGCCCUCAAGGACGCUCAGGCCAAGCUGGUCGAGCUGGAGGCCGCUCUGAGAACCGCCAAGCAGGACUUGGCACGGCUGCUGCGCGAGUACCAGGAGCUGAUGAGCUUGAAGCUGGCCUUGGACGUGGAGAUCGCCACCUACCGCAGGCUGCUGGAGGGCGAGGAAAGCAGGAUGUCUGGGGAAUGUGCCAGUCAGGUCACUAUCUCCGUUGGAGGGAGCAAUGCCAUUGUGUCUGGAGGAGCAGAUGGUGGUCUGGUGGGCACUUGUGGCCUCGGAGGCGAGAAGGGCAGCGUUGGGUCCAGAUGUUCCAGCAUCGUGACCGGAGGCUCCAGCGUUGUGACCGGGGGCUCCAGCAUGGUGACCAAGGGCUCCAAUGUCAUCCUGGUCUCCGGGCAGAGUCCUGCUUUGGGCUCCACCUCUGUGCCUGGCUCUGGCUCCAGCUCCAGCUCCACCUCCAGCUUCACCUCUCGCACCAUCCUGAAGAAGACAGUGGAGUCAAGCCUGAAAACGUCCAUCACAUACUGAGUGACCCAGAGGCCACUCGCUCCCCCACCCCUACCUUCCUGGGUCCUCUCAGCUCUGCUCCCAACCUCAUCACCCCCAGCUCUGCAUGGCCGGCUCUGUGUCUGCUGCCCACAGCCCGCAGCCCGAGCCAGGCCACAGGCGACUCUGCAGAAGUCUGUCAGGUUGUGCCUGCCUGCUGUCCUGAACGCGUGCCCCGUCUGGCCUUGCUCUGCGUCCUGAUUUGUCAUUUGUCUGUAGCACAGCCCCAUCCUCCAGCCAGUCAGCCUCGUUGUUCCUCUCCGGGGUGGGCUUGGCCAGACUGCAGGCCCAUCCCAAGGGAGAGGCCUGAGGCCACUGACCAGAGCCUAGGGGCUGGAAUCACCCUUGUCCUCGUCACCUGCCUCCGGGCUUCCAUGUCUGUAUUUCUGUGCACAUAUUUCCUGUGAAAUAAAGCAGCACCCAGUUGUCCCUGA